GUAAAUUUUAUUGUAUAGACAGUAAAAUUGGGAUUACCUUUCUGAAGAGUGGCUUUUGUCCAAACCUUCAACUGUUGUUUAACUAUAUAGCUUGGUAUGCACAAUGUAACAGUGUCUAGCAUAUUGUAUGCAAUUAAAGACGGCGACAACAGAUGACUAAUGUAGGAAAUAAACAUCUAUUUUAUUGCGCAGAUGAUCUCCUUGCAUAUAGUUUUUAACCUGUGUUUGAUUACAGGAUUACCAUGACAGCAAAUUGCCAGUUGGAUCUGAGGGACUACCCACUUGAUGGACAGUCCUGCAACCUUACUCUGCUAAGCUACGCCUAUCCCCUUCAGCAAGUCGACUACUUUUGGAAGGCCAGAGAUAAACAAGGAAUCGUCAUUCUUGGAGAUGAAAUGAACGAGUAUACUCUUACAGACAUUAAGACCAAAAAAGGACUGGUACAUUAUGGUACCCGUAACUCAAGAUCAGACUUUUCUCACUUGUGGGCAGUAUUCAUCUUCAAGCGUCGUCUUGGAUACUCGUUCAUGCAAAUCUACGCACCAACAUUUUUGAUUGUGGUACUUUCCUGGCUGAGCUUUUGGCUUUCAAAAGAUGCAAUUCCCGCCCGUGUGGCCCUAGGGGUGACGACAGUAUUAACUAUAGUAACGCUUAUGGGAUCAUUUCGCUCGUCUGUGCCUAAGGUGUCAUACAUCAAGGCUCUUGAUGUUUUCUUUAUUAUUUCAUUCUUUUUCGUGUUUGGUGCUGUCUUGGAGUACGUUAUUGUCAUUCUCCAUCACGAGAAAAAACUCAAAGAGCAAAAGAAAGAAAAAGACAGACCCGAAGUUGAGAUGCUGCCUCUGAGACAGGAUGACGGGACUGAAACGUCAGGAAUGGAUACUAAACACCAUGACGAUGAUGAUAAGCAAACAUUUCCCGAGGGACAGCGUGAACGCUCUCACAGCAGCAGUCCUGGUGGUCUCCGAAAAACUAAGGAACUUGUAAAGUUUGCUUUCCUUGAAAAUAAUGCAAGUAUUGUUGAUCGAGUCUCACGUAUACUUUUUCCCGUCUCUUACCUCGCCUUCAAUAUUUUCUACUGGAGUUAUUACUCGGUUUUUAAGUAUAAUGGGGUUUAAACUGAACACCAGUACAGCUCACCCAUUACGUUUGAUUCUAAAUUAUAUUUAACGCAGACGAAUAAUUGUGUAAGCUACUCUAUUACGUUCUUUUCAAAUCCGUCCAUUCAGUUUGUUCUACAAUCGUGGGAAGUUUCCUGUUCGGAAGCAGCACUAUUGUUCUUGCAGCUUACAGUAGAGCACGGCAACAUGAAUAAAGAGAAGGCAGCUCAGUGAUCGUCCCAAGAACUGUUAAACAGGAAUAUCUGAUUUUGGCAAAACUCAUAACUGAGAGCGUACGUUGACUUUAACAUUAGUUAAAGAGGCACCAUUAUGGGCAUGACCUCGAAAAGUCAAAACCAUCAUGAAUUAAACACAUAUAUUUAUUGAAAAAAACCUAAAUAAUAGUCUAAAAUAGGCUGAUACACAAUCUGGUGUUGUUGCUGCUGUGUAGUAUUAGCAUUACCUGACGCAAUUCCACAUUUAUAAGUAGGAGAGAGGUACAAGGAACGGAAGUGCGCGUCUGUAAAGCGUGUCUUUUUGUUUUUGAACAAAAAAUUGUAUGUAACUUUUCAAAUCAAUAGAAGUUGAUAAAAUAAAACAAACCAAUGGUCUAUUUCUGUUAAAAAAUUACUAUAUGACUGCACUAAGCACGUAUCAGGUUGGGAUGUC